CCCCAUGCACCCAGCUCUAGCCCCGCCCACCCCGCCAACCGGUGGGGGCUCCGCCACUGCGCCGCCGCACAUGCUCCCGGGAUCGCAUCAUCGAUCGGAUCGUUUCGCUUGUUCCCCUCCCCGCCCGGUGAAAAGAAAACGCGCGCCGCUCCUCCGGCCUCGCCACUGCACUGCGCCGCUCGUUUUCACCGCGCCGUUGACACCUCCUUUUAACCCGGCAUGCAUGCGGUGACCGUGACGCCCGCCUCGGUCACCCGCUGUUAAGUGGCCGCCUGCGCCUCGACAGCGCGCACAGGCGGACCGCGAGGCCGCAUUCAACUCGCCUGGGCCACCACCGCGCUCGCCACCACCUUAUCACCCGGCCCGGCCGCCCCGAGAGCUCCACACCCACCUCCAACUCUCGCCGACAGACAGACGCAACCAACCCUCCCGCACAGCCCUGCGCGUGUCCGCUCCGCUCCCACCGCUGGCAUAUACGUGGCGCUGCUGGUGCUGCGGUUGCCGUUGCCGUUGCCGUUGCGCGGAGCCGGAGCGGGAGGAGAUGAGCCGCGGCGCGCACCGGGAGAUGCCGGCCGGGGGCGGGGGCGGGGGAGUGGGGCCGAAGCUCAAGGCGACGCCGCGGGCGCUCUUCUCCUGCGGCAUCUUCAGCACCUGCACGCACCCGGCGCUCAGCCCCACGGCCACGCCUAACAACAAUGGCGCGGCUGGGAAUGGUGGGGUGAAGGGUGGUGGUGGUGGUGGCGGCGGCUCGGCCACGCCCUGUGGCGACGCUUCGCCGGCGCUGGUGGAGGCGGCCGCGGCUUCCGCGGUGCCGUCGCCGGUGCAGUGGCAUCGUCAGAAGCAGGUGGUGCACGGGGGUAACGCUAAUGGCAGCAACGGCGCUGGGCCGUCAUCGUCUUCCUCAUCCUCGUCGAGCUCCGCGUCGCAGAGCUUCACACAGUGGCGGCUGCCGGUGCACCACCCGCCGCACGCGGCCUCGUCGGCGUCCGCGGCGGGGGCAGGAGCGGCCAGCCACGCGGUGGCGGGCAGCACAGAGGAGAAGUUCGCGGCGGGCGAGGUGGUGGCCGCGCUGCGUGCGGUGGAGCGGGACAUGGAGGACACAGAAACGUCAAAGACGGUGCCGCCUGGCGUUGUUGCCGGGGUGGUGGCAGCGGUGCGGGAGCCGGCGACGGCGAGGCUGGCGGCGAAGGUGCUGCUGGUGGUGCUCCUGGAGGAGGCCAACCGUGAGGCGGCAGUUGAGGCCGGCGCGGCAUCGGCGGCCGUGGAGGCAGUGGCAGCUUCGGGGCCCGCGGGCGCGACUGCGGAGCGCGCGCUGGCGGCACUGGAGCUGCUCUGCACGGCGGCGGGCGGCACCGCGGCGGUUCGCAGGGAGGCCCUGGCCGCGCCCGUGCUGGCUCGCGCCGUGGAGGGCAUGGCCGGGCGCGGCCGCGAGUGCGCCAUCGGCGUGCUGGCGGCCAUCUACGGGAGCGAGGAGGCCGCGGACGCGUCCCCGCCACCCCCGGAGGUGGUGAAGGCGGUGGUGGGCGCGAUGCAGGGCGAGUGCAGCGCCCGCGGGCGGCGCAAGGGCGCCCAGCUCCUCCGCGCGCUCCAGGAGGGCGGCCGCCUCGGCCUCGCCUGGGACGGCGUAGGCGGCUCCUGAUGAAGUGAUGAGCAACCCGCCCGCCGGCCGGCCGCCUCGGUGUCGGCCUCACUCCACUCCACUCCACUAGACUGUAGCUCGACUAGAAUGGGACCCCACUGGCAGCGGCGGACGGCGGAUCAUUCGCGGACUGGAUCUGAUUCGCUGUGGCAACAACCAUGGUUGAUUACUUACAUUAGCGAGAGAUAGAUGAUAAUGGAAUGAAGGGCCCCUCCCAGGCAAGCAUUGCAAGGGUGUCCGUCCGUCAGUCACCUCUGUACUGGUACUAGUGUAGGGUCCGAUGAUCUCGUCUCAUCUCAUCUCAUCUUGAUUUGUAUUUGUAGUGGUGCCGACUAUAUAUUCAUCCAUCAAUGAGAUGAGAUCUGUCUGUCCCAAGAA